ACAAUGGUCAUGUUGAUUACGAGGAUGGCGAGCGGCAUAUCAUUAUUUAAAUCACAGCUGCUUUUUUUGAAUCACUAAAUAUCUGUUGUAUAAUACAUUCAUGAUUACUUUAUUAUAUAUACUUUUUCCCCACCGCCACCUGAUCUUGAGAUCCAUGCUAUAAUGGACGGCGAGUCCAAUCCUGAGCUCGAGUCUUUCCGUCAGAAAUGGCGCGACGAAGUCUCAGCUCGUACUAGACAAACAGGAGGCAGAAGAGGUCAGACUGCUAUUACAAGAAAUCAAAAUUUUCCGGCAGCGGAAACCUUUGCGAGUUCAUCUGCAUCCCGAUCGGGACCAAGGAUACCGCCUCUUCCCACCGAGAACCGCGACUAUGCCAACGAAAAGGGCGAAGACGAGGUGGAUCCUAAAGCAUACCAUGACUUGGAAGUUAAAAGACAGGGUGGGAGAAAGCUUUCGGAUGCUGGCAAGAGGAUCCAAGAAAAUUGGCAACCGCAAUCUGCCUUGGAGCACUAUGAAAAGGCUGUUGAAAGAGAAACACAGGGUGUCCUUGGAGAUAGUUUGAGCUUGUAUAGAAAGGCGUUCAGACUUGAUUCGAGCGUCGAUAAAGCCUACAAGAAUAAACAUUUCCCACCGUCGGCUUUCCCGCCAAAGCCGGCCAACAAAGCAUCAUCGACGCCCACUGCCGCCGCGGCAGUGCCACGCGCCGCUCAGGAUUCGACUCACGGCCUUCCUGCAUCGAUCUCAGAGCUCAUCUCGGGAUUUUCUGGCCUCUCGAUACCCGCAGAGCCACCACCAACUGACGCCUCACCUCCCCCACCUUGCCCGAUUGCAGCCAUACCUGAAGAAGUGCUGGUGGAAAUACUUGUCCACGCUGCUGUGACUGAUGUUGCAACACUUUCAAUGCUAGCACGAGUGUGCAAACGAUUAGCUUACCUGGUUGGCACCGAAGAGCGCAUUUGGAAACGCGUAUGUUGUGGAGACAAAUUUGGGUUUCCCGCGAUGCAUUACGACUGGCAGUGCACUAUCCUCGGUGAACCUUACAUCGGUGAGGGCGACCAAUUACUUGGUCCCGGAGAUUUCCCGGAAAAACACGAUGGUACGGGCUUUGUAGGAACGGAUCCGCUUACGCUUUCGCUGCUCCACGAGACUUAUGCUUCUUCCUGGAGACUUAUGUUCCGUUCUCGGCCACGUAUACGGUUUAAUGGAUGCUAUAUUAGCACUGUGAACUAUCUUCGCCCUGGUUCAGCGUCACCAAUGCAAUUAACCUGGAACACCCCUAUUCAUAUUGUUACCUACUAUCGGUAUUUGCGAUUUUUCCGUGAUGGGACGGCAAUCAGCCUCCUUACCACUGCAGAGCCAAUUGAUGUUGUUCAUCACUUAGUGAAAGAAAACCUACAUAAAAAUCACACUGGUAACUUGCCUUCGGCUGUGAUGAAACCAGCCCUUCGAGGCCGUUGGAGACUUUCUGGACCUGCCAGCAAGUCUUCCACCGAAGAGGAAGAAGAGGAGGGUGAUUUGCAUGUCGAGACAGAAGGUGUCGAUCCCAAAUACAUGUACAGAAUGCAAUUUGCAAUGCGCAGCGGUGGGCGCGGGGCUCGAAACAAUAAGCUGGCCUGGAAAGGCUAUUGGAGUUAUAACAGGCUGACGGAUGACUGGGGCGAAUUUGGAUUGCGCAAUGAUCGUGCGUAUGUUUGGAGCAGGGUCAAAAGCUAUGGCAUGGGAUAUUAGUAGCUCUGGCGCGCAAAAGCUUCUUACGCCAUGGUUCGCGAUAAAUAUGAAGGUACAUGAAUUGGGAUCGUAAAUGACGAUUAUUUAUUCCUGUACAUAUCUGCAAUACAUUUUGAGCAAAUUCUAUGCGGAUAAACUCAAAGAGUGCCUUGCUCCCUCGGCCUCACAGGUUAUGAAUGUGGCUGGGCUAGUUAUCAUCUCGGGGCCAAUGAAAUCAUAACGUUUGAAGGCGGUGA